AAUGAGUCGGUGUCUGUGGCCCCAGCCCGCCCCUCACAGUGCCAUAAUUAGACGCUCAUUCCUCCAGUCACGCUGCAACUGCGACUCACAGCUCCAUCACAUCCACUUCUCGGACUCAGUCUUUUCUUUUCUAAAGGAGCUCUGCUGUUUAUUCACACAGCUUGCAGGGGGAAAAAGAAAACAGGCAUCGGGAAGCUGAAAGUGCUCGGAUCACCUACUUUUUAAAUCAGCAUUUAGUUGAAGCUCUCUUCAUUCAAUGGGUCCGCGUGUCCUGCUGCUCUGCUCUCUGUUCGGAGUUCUCCUUGGCCAAGGAGCAGAGCAGAUCUCGAUAGAGGACUGCUGUAAGGAUGGACAGAAGCGCGGCAGUGAUAACGAAGACUGCGCAUCCCUCCCUCUCAUAUCCGAGUCAACCACGUGCAGGGUAGUGCAGGAGCAGUGCUGUGUAACAGUGCUUGAGGAUAAAAUGUGCAACACUGGUAUCAACUUGGCCAAAGACCAAGGAGCCUGUGAUUCUUUAUUCACCAACACCUGCGAGACCAAGACUACAAAGAUGUGCUGUGACUGUUGUCUUCUGGGGAAGGCGGCCCAGGAGCAGGGCCUACCCUGUGAUCACAACCUAUCUGUGGGCCACCAGUGCAUCCUGGUGUCCCGGGCCUGCUGCGUGGAUGGAGCCCUAGAUAACCAGACAGCAGCCCCAGUACAAACUGAUCAACCAAACAAGGAUGAAACCAAUGAAAAUAGAGAUAAUUCAGUAUUAAGUGACCAGUGCAAAGGGAAAUGUGUUCAUACCUGUGUUGGCAAUGACACUUGUGCCUGCUUCAAAGGCUACAAACUCAAACCAGAUGGAAAGAGCUGUGAGGAUAUCAACGAGUGCUUGCUGGGAGCCAGCAACUGUCGGGGAGGAGAGCGUUGUAUCAACACAGAGGGCUCAUUUCGUUGCCAGAGAGAGGUCAGCUGUGGGACUGGCUACGAACUCACUGACAACAACAAUUGCAAGGAUAUUGAUGAAUGUGAGACUGGUAUUCAUAACUGUGGCCCAGAAUUUGAGUGCCUGAACACCCAGGGGUCAUUCCGUUGUCUUCCCAAGGUCAAGUGUGGGAAUGGCUUUAUCCAGGACGCCCUGGGCAACUGCAUCGAUAUCAAUGAAUGUCUAAGCCAGACGGGUCCAUGCAACAGAGGGCAGGUCUGUAUCAAUACAGUCGGCUCCUACGUCUGCCAGAGGAACUCUGUUAACUGUGGCCGAGGAUACCACCUUAACGAAGAGGGCACACGCUGUGUUGAUAUUGAUGAGUGUAAGGGCACGGAAAAGGUCUGUGCAGGUCAUGGUUGUAUCAACCUGGUGGGCUCCUACCGCUGUGAGUGUGAGACUGGCUACAUCUUCAACAGCAUCACUCGGACCUGUGAGGAUAUUAAUGAAUGCAGGCACUACCCUGGCCGCCUGUGUGCUCAUAAGUGUGAGAACAGUCUGGGAUCCUACAAGUGUAGCUGCACCACAGGGUUCAGGCUCGCUGCUGAUGGCAGGAAUUGUGAUGACCUGAAUGAAUGUGAGAGUAACCCAUGCAGUCAAGAGUGCGCCAACGUGUAUGGCUCCUACCAGUGUUACUGUCGCCGCGGAUACCAGCUCAGCGACAUCGAUGGCAUGACUUGUGAAGAUAUAGAUGAGUGUGCCCUGCCAACUGGAGGUCAUAUUUGCUCCUAUCGCUGUCACAACACGCCUGGCAGCUUUCACUGUUCCUGUCCUGUCACUGGCUAUAACUUGGCACACAAUGGGCGCAGCUGCCAGGAUGUUGAUGAGUGCGUGACAGGAACACACACGUGCACAGAGAAUCAGAGCUGCUUUAAUGUUCAGGGAGGAUUCAGAUGCUUGUCCUUCGAGUGUCCAAACAACUACCGGCGUGUAGGAGAAACUCGAUGUGAACGCUUGCUUUGCAAUGAGUCUGUCGAGUGCCCUGCCAUGCCCCUGAGAAUAACCUACUACCACCUCACCUUCCCCACCAACAUUCCCGUCUUCACCAACAUCUUCCGCAUGGGCCCCUCCCACACUGUGCCUGGUGACGACAUCCAGAUUGCUAUCACUGCUGGCAACGACGACGGUUUCUUCAAGACGGAUCAGAUGCCCACCGGUGGCGUGAUGUCGGUGGCAAAACUCAUCAACAAGGCGCAGGACUUUGAUCUGUCCGUGGAGCUAAGACUACGUCGCUAUGGCACGAUCAGCACAUACCUAGCUAAAGUGCUGGUGUUUGUUACCCAGGAUGAGCCCAGAGUACCUUACAAUCCCCUACUAGAAUAAACACAAGUGUUACGUAGGAUUACAUAAGUUACUUCACUCUUAAAAAGGAUGUUUCAUUUUAAAUUAAUUGCCUUGUGGCAACAUGAACACACAGUAUAGUGAUAGUGUAGCACAAUGGUGCAGUGUAUGCUAUGUUGUAACAUAUAAAACGUAGCAGAAUAUACUGCAUAGAAACAUAUGCAGUCAAAUAUAAAUAUAGAUUAUGAUUUUCAGUCAGUGAUCAUUAUUCACCUUCACAACCAAACAUCAUUUAUGUUGCUUUCAUUCAUGGACUUAUGUCAGUAAGUCUAGUCCUACCUAAAAAUGUGGGUAGACUGUUUGUAGAUACAGUAAGUGUUAAUCUGCUCCAGGACGCUGGUGCAAGAAAUAGCUGUGGGCAUCUAAUAGCCCUUGGAGUCCUUACUAUCUGCACAUUAUCUUGUUAUCUUUAAAUAUAAAAAUGUAUUCAAGAAUUUGUUAAACUGGGUUUUGAUACCAAAAAAGCCAAUUUCAGUUAAAAUUAUAACUGAGAGCUGCAUGUUCUUAAAAGAAUAGUUUUAUUAAUAUUUUGUAAAAUACAAUUAUUCACUGAGAGUCAGACGAAAAGAUAUGAUGCCGCUCUAAUGUCAAGAAAGAAGCUACCAUCAGCAUUUGCCGAACUUAGCUUAGCAUAAAGACUGGAAACAGUUAUCAUGGCUCUGUCCAAAGUUAACAAAAUCUGCCUGGCAACUCCUCCAAAGCUCCCUGAUGAACAUGUUGUAUCUUGUUUGUUUAAUCUUUCGAAAACCAAAGUGUAAAAACAACAAGGUCUGUUUUUUUUUCUGGCGGGAUAUGUGGGACGAUUUCUUGGCUGCGCACGACUUCCUGUGGUCCUUAAAACAAAUUUUCAAUCUUCAAAUUACUACAAACCAACUAAGAGAGGGAGUCUGUGGCUGCCCACUGUUUUCUGAUCAGUUAUCCAGCCUGGUCUGUAGACAUCACUUUAAAAAAAACAUGACCUAAACCAAAUAUGACUCUGUCCCACAUCAAACAUAUGUUAAAGAUGACACAUAAUUUUUAAGAGUGGAUAUGAAAAAAAAGCAGUUUUUAGCACUGUAGCAUUUUACGUAAUCAACUUUUUAACACUAGAGUUAUGGAUCAUUAUUCAGCAGUAUAAAUUAAGCCCAAAUGAAUGUAUCUUCUUGGAGGUAAGGCAUUGCAAAAGCCGCUAGGUGGCGUUCUAGGUCAGAGUAACUUUUAUAAAUGGUAAUGCCCCAAGUCUGCCUACAACUAAGUGUAAUUCGAUGAUGGUUGCAUGAUAAAGUCUGACGUUUUGCAGUAUUUUAUGGUUUAUGUGUUGGAUGAACCGUUUUCUAUUAAAAUUGAAAUAGAAAUAACA